AUGCGCCGCGACCUAAUCAACGCGGAGAUAUCCAAUCUUCGGGACCUGCUCCCAUUACCACCCUCGACGAGACAGAGAUUAUCUCAACUUCAACUCAUGGCUCUUGUGUGCGUGUAUGUGAGGAAAAUAAACUAUUUCCAGCAAGUGUUUAAGAGUCACGACUUCAGCUAUCAGUAUCAAGAACAAGCGACUCCUACACCUAAUAUUGGAUUUUCAAAGGCAAUGAAUGGUUUUAUUAUGAUGAUGACACAAAAUGGAAAACUUUUAUACAUAUCGGAAAACGCAGCUGAAUAUUUAGGGCAUUCGAUGGAAGACCUACUAAUACAUGGUGAUAGUGUAUAUGAUAUAAUAGAUAAACAAGACCACCUGAUGGUUCAAGUUCAGCUUAAUAGAAAUGGUAACGAGACUGAAAAUGUACCAAAGAAUACACAUUUCUUCUGUAGAAUGAACGUAUCAAGAAACGCAAGAAGGCAAAUGAGAUUUGGCGACCAAAAAGUAGUUCUUGUAAGAGGUCAUUACGUGUCGUACCUGCCGUUGUGCAGCCGCAACGAGCCGGUGUUUCUGGCAGUGUGUACGCCGCUCGCCAUGCCCGAGACGCGCGAGUGCGUCGUGCACGGUGCCACCAAUGUCUUCACCACAGUGCACGCCAUGGACAUGAAGAUCCUGCAUAUUGACGCUAACGGCGAAUGGUACCUAGGUUGGAAAAAAACCGAACUUACAGAAGUAUCGUGGUAUCAACUGUUACAUUGGGACAGUUUGCGAGAGGCUCAAAGUAAACACAGACUAAUAACACAAUCAGAACAAGAUAAAUGCUGCAUACUGCUGGUAAAGCUGCAGCAGCGCUCUGGUCAAUUCAUUUGGGUGCACGUGGUACUGCAAGUGAAAGACGCGGCCGACACUCCACGACAAUUCAUCAUUGCCACUAACCAAAUUCUCAGUGAAGAGGAAGCGUCGAUAAUGCUAACCAACUCGUGGUUGUACCAAUACUACGGUUACCAGAACCAGCAGUGCGGAAUAUUGGACCCUCGGUGUCAGAAAUUCUUCCGACGUGAAUCUUACCAAGAGCCGUAUCAAGAACCGUACUCUUACUUAGAGAACCCUGAAGUGGAAUAUGGGUACCAUUUGUCACCAUAUGUCCCGCAGAAGCCUGUCGAAGACUACAACGGAUGUGAAAGGGUGUAUACUGAGAGAGGACCUGUUGACUAUUCCACCCAUUCUCCACAGUCAACGAUUAGCGACGAAAGAUCGCCUCAUCACUACGAUCCGCCUCCGGAGGUGGUUGUCAACAGCAGUAUGUACAUGUAUCCACACCAUGGAAAGAGAGAUUAUUAUGAACAAUUUCCGAGGACACACUAUCAAAUGCAGGAACCUUGUGCUACUGCUACUAUAGAAGGAACGGAAUAUCCGAGUCCAAAACGGAUGCGUGUAGCGCCACCUCCACUAUCGUUAUUGGAAGGAACAGAUGGCAUGGAUCGCUGGAAUCCUAGUCCACCUUGGUCAGACACCACGCUCAAGCUACCAGAGUAUAGUCAGAGGUUCACUUAUGGUCACGUGAUUUCCAUGCCUCCUGAACGCGCCAUGGUCACCUAAAACACAUUUGAUUGAAAUAGUAAAUAGGCACAAUUUUUCACAAGAAAUAACCUGCUUCUGCUCAUAUGUGAGAAACGGCUGCUCGUCACCAACGACGAUCGUGUUAAUGAUGCCAACUUUUAUAUUCAACAUAAUUACGUUUUAUAAAUCUCCCGUAUAAUACCUUACAUUAUAAUGAUUAUUUAUAUGUUCCUUUUACGGUUACACAUUAUGCGUUAAUGAAAAUUGUCAGUCUAUUUUAUAUUCUAAUACAUUCUCAUGAUGUUUUCAUUAAUAAAAAUUAAAUUUAUUUUAAAUUCAAUUAGCAUGAUAAUAAUGUAAAGAAAGUUAAUUAAUAGCUACAGCCGACAAAUAUUUUGCGGUUUAGCUCAGGAACAUUGUUGAAUUUAUCUAUCACUAUUCAUUAUGAAGUCCAUUUUGUAUGUAGUAACUAAGUAGGUAGAAUAGGACAUAUUUUCAUUAGUUGAUGGGCUCGAUUGUGUACUCGCCUAUCUGAACCCGAAAUAAUUUUACAGUCUCUAUUGGUAGAGAAUACUACAUUUUCGUAAUUUCAAAUGCAACUAAAGGUUCAGAAAUAUACAGAACGCAAUCGAUACCAGUGUAUAGAGAUAUUGGUAGUGAUAUAUUUAAGUGUGUAUUUGUAGGUUAUAUUACAUUUGUCAGCAUCAAGUUUGGGACAAAUUUCUUGUCGAACCCCACAGGAGUGAAGACUGACAAGUAACUUCUGACCCUUGAAAAUAGUGGUACUUAAUUACAUUAUUUAUCUAUAUCUGUAGUCUUGACAGUUUUGAGGAACGUAAAAAUAUCGUAUUGUCUCUAGAAAACGUUCCGUAAUUUCUAAGGUGAAGAUGUGACUUGUCGGCCUCUACUUGCAUGCUGACAAAAUGUUGCGUCACGUGAAUGAGCAUUGUUCCGUCCAAAAAUUUGCGUAUUGCAUUCCAAAGGAAGAGUAAUUAUUAUUUUGUAGUUUACAUUUAUUUUACUAUUUUAAACCAUUAUGUAAAUAUUAAUUCCACAUUAAAAUUACAUGACCUAAUGAGCAAGCUUCUAAAGUGGGUGAAGGAAUUCAACACUUUUUGCUCUAUCAUUGUCCAAAAGCUAACUUGGCCAUUUUUACUUGUACACUUAUAGGUAAUUAUACAAUUAGCACAUUAGAGUAUGCAACCUAGUUCAUGAAUUCUAAAUUACCAAACUCGUAUUUAAAUUUGUCAAAGAGUAGCUCAGUGAACUCAGAUUUGACCAUUUUUUACUUUCAUAUAAAACACUCCUUCUACGUCAAGUUUCAUGGUUAGAAGCAACCUAAAAGGAUCGGGUUACCGGUCAGUGAGUGGUAAAAUUAUUAUAGCCACUUACUCGACUUAAUAUCUAAAAAUAUAAU